UGGUGUGCGUGCGCUAUGCCUCCCACGGAAUAUUGCGCUGUCCCGUGUGACUCAGACUCCCUUAUCGAUAGACGCUUAUCGGUGCUUUUUCGCUGACAAUAAUAUGUGUAUUUAGGCUGUACCGGCAUUGCGGCGUAGCAUGUCAGUGCCGCCCCAAGCAACUCUCCUAUUCCACACCGCCCACGACUACUGCGGCGCGCGUGACAUAUAAAAAAACUGUGAAAUCUGUGGUGACUUCAAUCUGGCUUUGUGAACCGCUCAUCUCAUCUGGAGUCUGUUGUACGUAACACUGGAAGUUACUGCAUUAUCCGUGCACUUGUGUCGCUUACGUUGACCCAAGAUUCACCGAGGUUUGACCAAUUGCCUCAUAAAAGCCCUCAACGAACACGGUCGUUGCGUAGAACUCCGGUUCCAGUCUACACCAGGUGUCGCAGCCCCAUCAGCACUUCAAGAAGAGCUGACAGCAGCUGAUAAAUUCUUACAAGCUGGGCGACCGCAUUACCCCAUCGUUCAGCCUAAUUAUUUGAAAGUUGGAAGGCGUUCGAAGAGCAACCUUUCGAUGAUACUUUGCCUCUGGUAGCAUCUUCAAGAUUUACUCGAUCAAUGCCUGUUCAUCGGCUUUUACUAUAAAAACAAAGACGUUUUUUUAUUCGACGGUAUUGUUGUACUGUUAACAUGUCCGAGGAAGUUGAAAGCGAUAGAAACUGCCAAGACGUUGAAGUCAACGAGCUUUUCAAGAAAGGGUUGGAGUACAAUGUCCUAUUCAACAACCCCGCGUGUGCAGGAAGUGAUUGCUCGCAACCCAAGUCAGCGCUCGAAUAUUGGGAGAUCUCGGAGAAGGAUGCCGUUGUGCUUAGGCGUCUGUUGAGCACGAGUCCAUCCUUGAGGAAGCUUUGCAUAUGGAAUAUGCCAUUCAGUGCGUUCAAGGUCACAUUUGAGGACCUGGAAGGAUGUUCUUCGCUCGAAGAACUUCAUUUGCGUAACAUUGAAUGCGGAGAGCAAGAGUUCAGCGUUAACCUUUCCGGAGUGUUUAGCAACCUGAGCUUCCUGGACUUGCUCUGUGGGAACGUGGGGACUGUGGUCGCGAAUAACAUCGCGGCUUAUCUACGCGGGAACAAAAGACUGAAGGAAUUUGGCCUUUGGUGCUCCUGCGGUGGCGACGAGGGUGCAGCAUCGCUCAUCGAAGCACUAAAGCUGAACGACACGCUCAAGAAGUUUACCUUGGGGCAGGUGAAGCUGUCUUCCGAGACCAUGAUCGCGUUCGCGGAGUUGCUGACGGUGAACUCUACGCUCGAGUUGGUGGACAUUUUCGACACGUGUUUCGUGGAAGACGACAAAACGGCAGCGUCGCUGGAGCAGUAUGGCAACACGGACGUCUUCAGGAGGUUUCGCAUCCUGUGGACCGAGAAACUUCUGCCCCUGCUCACCAGGCUUGUCGGUCAGAAGGCGUGUUGGCCCGAGCUCUCGGUCAGCGUCACCGCUACGGUGGACCGGGACGUCCUGCGUGACUUCUUCGACGCCGUGGCCUCCGACACUUCAGUCACCAUGCUCCACUUCUACCCCAGUGACGACACGUUCGACGAACUAGCGGACGGCAUCGCCUCGGUCGUGAAAAGGACGACGACACUCAAGAGAAUCCAGAACCUCAUGUUCGUCAAAACGGGCAACGAAUAUCAACUGGUCAAAGUUCUGGAUGCUCUGAAGGAGAACCGUUCCGUCACCUCCUUCGACAUGUUCGUAGACGUUUUGACGCCGGAAGUGGCAACGGCCCUCUCGGAGCUUCUUGCCGUCAACGACGUUCUGAAUGAAGUCUCCGUCUGCGAGUACUGGGGAAUCACGGCGGACAUAUUGGGGACGAUACUGCGGGGUCUGAGGAAGAACUACAGUGUGACGGCACUCAUGGUUUCCUGCGACCCGGAGGAUGACGUCGAGGGUGUCCUCGAGAUGGGAGAGCUUCUGAAGAGGAACGUUCGCCUUCACGAGAAGGCGGCCGAGUUUGUGCGCGCGCGUGGCGAUGCAAAGAGCGACGCCGAAGGGGCGGAGGCACUGAAGAAAGUGCGAACGAGUGCGAGCCUCGUGCAAAGGGUGCGGGGGCUCACUGGAAAGACGAGCGAAGCUGCAGCGGAGCUGACACAGGCCGCCUUGUCUCGCCUAAGUGUGUAAAGCGUUGCUCGUGCGAAGCCGAAGGAUUCGGUCGGGUUUGCCAUUUUGCAGACUUGGCACUGAUGGAAUUACGAUAAAUAAAUUACUUUU